CCGCACAUUACGACGACGACGCCGCGGCUCUUAGUUUAUCACCCUCGCUCGUGGCCGUGUUGUUUGUGCUCUCUCCUUUUUACUUUAUAUCUUCUCCUUGAUAUCUUUUUGUCGUCUUGAUCUGACCACGUCACUCUCUCUUCAUUAGACAACAGGAUUGUCAUUCAUUUCUUUGUUAUCUCUCGACACAGCUGUUAUCGCCGAAAAUCCCGACUGCCUCCGGAAGGGACCCAUUCGCCCAUAAUGAAGCCCCUAUCAUCUUCUUUGCUCAGGUUGCUUCUCUGUAUCACCGCGCCGCUAUCUUCUGUAUAUGCAGCCUCCGAUUCUUCGGGCUCAAAAAAUUCUCUCUCACCCUGUGUGGUCCGUUCACCAACCACGGGCCUAUUCUACGACCUCAAUGCGAUUUCCAUAUCGCCUCCGCCUGCGGAGGCGGAGAAGCCUCGCAAAAACGCCCGGGAAGGCAGUUGGCAUGCUAGGGGUCAUGACUAUGGUGCUAACUUCACUAUCAACAUCUGCGCUCCUGUGCUGGAAGACGUGAAAGAUGUCGUAGGGGUCGACCGCGCCAGGUGGAAGAACGUCAGCGCAUACUACGAGAAAGAAGGCAAGGUAUACUCGAUCGGGCAACAGGCGUCUGACCCGUUCUUCCGAGGCCGCAAAUUGGUCAUGAACUACACGGACGGCUCCCCAUGUCCGGGUGACUACCUAGGCAACGGCAGCUCCCACACCAAGUCUACCAUCAUGUCAUUCCUUUGCGAACGUGACUCGCCUGCUUCCCAGGCAACAGUCUCUUUCGUCGGCACAAUGGACCAAUGCACGUACUUCUUCGAAAUCCGCAGCUCGGCUGCUUGCGGAGCCACCGCUCCGAUACCUACAAAUCAGGGUCUCUCGCCCGCUGGAGUCUUUGGCAUCAUUGCCUUGAUUGCUGUGGCAGCCUAUCUCGUCGGUGGCUGCGCCUAUCAGCGAACUGUCAUGCACCAGCGCGGCUGGAGACAGUGUCCGAAUUAUAGCCUCUGGGCAGGCAUUGUCGAUUUCGUCAAAGACAUGCUCGUCAUCCUUCUCUCCUCCGUCGGCCGUCUAUUCCGGUUCAAGCGGUCUCCGACCCUCGGGCACACGCGCUCCUCCCCCAACUACGGGCGACGAGGCGAUAUAGAUGCUGAAAACAGACUGAUAGAUCAGUUGGACGAGGAAUGGGAGGACUGAUUCACGACCGCCAAGUGGGCUUUUGCCCUGCAUCGCCGCGGUGCAUUAUGUUGCUGUGUGUUGAGGGUGUAUGCAUGACAUUUUCUUCGGAAUCGAUUUAGAGCGUGACAUGAAAUUCUGGUACUGGGCGUGCUGUGACUUUGCAGUCGUAUUGAUACGAUGGGGUUGGAUGUGUUCGAUGCUUAUGCGUGUCUGUCUGUUAUGAACAAUAGUAUAUUAUACCAUGAUUAUGAUAUGAGGGCUCCAGGUUUGGGCAUUUGGUUGGCAAAGGUUGUGGAGUCCAAUGCAAGCGAGCGCAUUUAAUGCUAACAUCGGCCAUCGCAAGUGGACGUUUAAUAUUUAGGAGCAAAUCUACUGGCUUGCAG